UAAAGGUGCGUUUACAUUAGGCCGCGAACGCGAACGAACGCGAAUGAUUUCUACCGAACACAUUCGUACGCGAAUUCGGCAUAACUGUUUACAUUACUGUGUUCGGAACUGUUCGCCACCGCUCGGGCUUGUUCUCUGGAAUUCGUUUUGAACCUUUAAUUUGGUUUGAAAUAUUCAGUGAUGAGCACACUACUCUCCAGUGAACUAGUGUACUGUCUGUGUGUUGCUUUUUAAAUUAUUUAAAUUAUUUGGUGAAUAUAUUUUGUUAUUUAAAAUGUCGUCAAGUGAAGAUGCCGAUGAUAUAUUACUAGCUUGUGCGUGUGCUAUUACCACGAAAUUAUUGGUGAAAAAAAAACAAAGAAAAAGACGUCGUUGGUGGAUGCGAUCGCUGUAUCGGAACAAAAAUUUAUAUAGUGGUAGUAUGUUACUUAAUGACUUAAAAAAUGAAGACGGAGACCAUUUUAAAAACUGCUGUAGAAUGUCUCCUGAAACUUUCAACAAUUUACUCAGUGUUAUUGAACCCAAAAUAAAAAAAGAAGAUACACAGUUUAGGCUAUCUAUACCAGCAAAUGAAAGGCUAGCUUUAACUCUCAGAUUCUUAGCCACAGGUGAUUCUUUUGCAAGUUUAUCGUUACUCUUUAAAGUAUCAAAAUCAUCCAUCUCGUCCAUAAUUCCGGAAGUAUGCGCUGCAAUAAUUGAAGAACUACAAGAUUAUAUUAAGUUACCAACAACCCAAAAAGAGUGGUUAGAUGUUGCCAGAAAAUAUGAAACAACUUGGAACUUUCCACAUUGCCUUGGUGCGAUUGAUGGAAAACAUGUGCAAUUGCAGGCACCUAUUGGAAGUGGUAGUGAUUACUUUAAUUAUAAAUCAACAUUUAGUAUCGUUCUUAUGGCGAUCGUUGAUGCUGAUUAUAAUUUUUUGUACGCAAAUAUCGGUUGCCAGGGCAGAAUUUCGGAUGGAGGGGUUUUCCGAAAUACGUCGUUUUUUAAAAAACUCGAAGAAAAUGAUUUGAGACUUCCACCAGAAAAAAAUUUAAAUGGGAGAGAAAAAGCAGUACCAUAUGUGUUUGUAGCCGACGAAGCUUUCCCCUUAACAGUAAAUAUACUUAAACCCUAUCCCGGAAGUCAUGAAAAAGGAUCAAUCAAAAGAACAUACAACUAUCGAUUGUCUAGAGCCCGAAGAGUUGUGGAAAACGUUUUUGGCAUUUUAUCGGCAGUGUUCAGAGUGCUUCGAAAACCAAUGCUACUUGAACCAAGCAAAGCAGAGCUUGUAAUCACGACAUGUGUUUACUUACACAAUUAUUUACGAAAAAAUAAAUCAUCGAGGGAUGCAUAUUCACCGCCAGAUUUUUUUGAUCGUGAAGUUGAAGGACAUAAUACUGUUGGAUCUUGGAGACUAGAAACCAAUAAUACUUUACGUCCAUUAGAAAGAGUGGGAAGAAGAGCUUCACGAUUGGCAGAGGAAAACAGAAAUGAAUUUGCAGAGUAUUUCUGUGGAAAUGGUGCAGUUUCGUGGCAAACAGAAUUAGCUUAACAUUAAUUUGUAUUUAAAAUUAUAUAAUUAUAAAAAAAAAGGUUAACUUUAUAAAUAGGUACAAAUUAUGUACAAUAAUUUAUUUUUAACUUUUAGUUCUUAAAUCUAUUUAUAUUUAUCAUAGCUUAAAUGAAAAAAAGUUAUAUAAAUAGUUUAUAUUGUACAUGUAAACAGGAAACCAAAAACAUUUUUUUUUUAAAUAAACGUUAUUUUAAAAUGUUAAAUAUUACGUUUAUAGAAUACAUGUUUCAGAUCAAAAACUUCUUUAUACGGACAUGAAUAUGACUUUUCUUAUAUUUUUGUAAUUUUAAUUAACACGACAUAUUUUGAAAAUUGUAGAUAAUAUGAAUACAGAUCUUCAUAAAAUUAAUACAUUAUUCGCUACGCAUAAAAUCUAAAAAAACUAUAAGUAGAAAGUAGAAGUUGAAAGUUGAAUGUACUUACAGCAAUGGUAUCUCUAGUGUCUCGUGGCAAAAAUUUGUCUUUCAAAAACUGCAUCGCUUUAAAAGCAUACCAUUUGGAACGAAACACUUCAUCGGUUCCAGCGCCGGAACGGCUUGUGCUUCCUUCAAUGCGACGUUCCCUUCUGUAUGAUGCUUGUAAGCUAUCCAUUUUCCUCCUCACUUCAUUGACAUUUCUAUUCAUUUCUUUAGCUAUUUCAGACCAAUAGUCG